AUGAGCGUCGGGCGCCUUCAGGCUGCGUUGGCCAGCGCCACGAACGAGGUCACCGUUGCGGCUGCCAACAUCAACUUCGACUUCACGCUCGUCAAGUACGAAGCCCCCAAGGAGUAUCAGCCCCUCGGCGCGCUUCUCUCGUCUACCCGCAAGGAAAACGCCGAGGUCGGGACGUGCCACUGUACGGCGCGCCGGCUCUCGUCCCUGUUCCAGGACGUCUGCCCGGAAACGCCCAACCUGAUCCGAGCCUACGGGAAACGCGUGUCGGAGAUCUCCACCAAGGCGACAAAAAGACAGUCGACCGAGUUCGCCAACUCCAUGUUCGAGUCGUACGCCGGCAUAGACGCCACGUCCAUCUGGGCCGCCGCCACGUCGUCGGACCCGGCCAGGGCCGACAGGGGCGCAUUGCACAUCCACCUGCUCGCCAGCAUGCUCGCCAAGAUGUGGACGGCGCCCGAGGCCGUGUCGAUCUGGUUCGAGCUCGUCAAGGAGAGGCAACGGGUGAUUAGUGAGCAGCUGGAACGUGGCGACGCGCUGCCGUUCUCGCUCGCGGCGGCGGCGGCACAGCACCAGAUACAGCGUUCCCAGCUCGCCGAGUGGGACGCCAGCGCCAGGGCGUGGCUGCAGACGGCCGACUCGGUCAUGGUCAAGGAGCAGGACCAGCUACGCAUCAUCCUCGAGAACAUCGAGCUCCCCGUCAGCGGGGGCCAGAGCAGGGCCUCGAUGCUCUAUCUGAGCGUGACCGAAGCCUGGUGCAGGGCGUUGCUAGUGAUGGAAAGGCUCGUCUCCGGCGUCGCCCAGGAAGUCCACGACGGGGCGGCUCUUGUUGGCCUCACGGCCUGGCACAUCUAUCCCGAGAUACACGUGUUUGGAUCCAAGGCUGUCAAAGUACCGAUGCAGGACCCGCUGGUCCGGCCCGGCGGUAUAUUGACAUUAGGUUGCGGGCCGUCGGCAACACCGAUCUCGCAAGGGGUCACUUGGUCGCUGUCGCUCAAACACCUCCGGUACUACGGACGACCAGUGGAGAGCCAGGGCGCCAUGAGCAGCCAUCCAUCUCACAUCUCGUUUGACGAGCUGAUGCUGGCCAUGCUCGGCUGCGUGGUCAAUAGAUGGGAUCUGUCAUGGGAUAAGAUGGCCCUCACAGCCAGUAUACUCUCACAGCUAGUCCGGUUUCAGGAGAGCCAGGAGCAUAGGCAAAUCACGAAUCAUCAUAUGAUUCACAUCCUGUACGGCCUAAGACUCCUUUCCAGGGCCGCCGACGCUUACAUAAAUGAUACGGACGCCUGCGCGCCUUUUGUGAAUCUUGGUGUCAACCGGCCGCAAUUCUUGCCCCCUCAGACUCAAAAGACCGUCACGAGACCGUUGUUCUUCGGCUUGCUGGAUGAGAACACUUUCCUUUACCAUCUCAAGAACGACGAGACCAGAAUUGUGUUCCUGAGGCGCCUCGCAUCGCGGUGCCUAUCCGAGGACACAGAGGCAGCCAGCUGCGUGAUUCGGUAUGCCGUCACGGCAACGGAGACCUCGUGGGCGUCCGUUCUCCCAACGUCUAGCACGACCGGCAACCACAUAACCUCGCGCAGCAAUGCCCGGUCCCACCAUCGGUGGAACGCGAACCUGACGUUGGACAAUGACAAGGAGAUUCACCACCGGACGACCAAACGCAACCCAGCACCGUUCUGGUUCGACACCGGUUUUGUUGACAGUCGCCAAGACGGUCAAACCAUUCGAAUGUCGCUGUGGUUCGGCAACGCGAACGGGACGGCCAUCUACCAGACAUAUGACCCGACGAAACCUGCUGGGCCGCCGGCGAAAUUGGAGCUGGAAGACCUGCUCUGGGCUCUCAAGAAUGACCUCCUGAAGGACAUUCAACUCCCGGAAGACGUCGUGUCGUUGACCCUGAAUCUCUUGGCACUCUCCCACAUAACGGUGUUGGGAAGGUUUCAGGGGCCGACGAUCCGGCUCAAGACCUUGUCGAAAGCGCUCAUGAAAGCCAAAUGGGCCGACGAAGUUGCCUCCCGCUUCUCUGUUCAAACGACGCAUGCUUUCUCAGCAUUAUCCUCGGCGUCACAGACUCGCAACACGGCCGUCAGUAUUCUUUCAUACUUCAUAUCGGAAUGCGACCUGCGACCAAAUCAGAUCCGAGAAAACGUCUGUGGCUUUUCCUAUGGGGACUCCAUUUAUGUCCCAGAAAGUUUGAUCCGCGACCCGUUUGAGGCUUCCGACGAUCAGGCCAUCGUACGAGUGCUGGGAAACAUUGGCCUCCCGGGCUUCGUCAUGUUCUCUUCCGUCAUGGAGCCAAUGGUGUCCGAGGUCGGCGAGUCGUCGUGGAAGGUCAUCAACAGGAACCUGUUCAACGGCCGGCCCGAGAACGCGUUCGGCUCGACUUCGAUGCACCUGUCCUUGACCAACUGGGAAAGGUCGAUUGAAGAGCCGAUGUCAGCCGGGCUCCAAGAUGCGCAACACAUCAUGAUGGAGUCCGUCAUCUCCAUCCGCGAGGCCGGGCGCUGGGUCGGCGAUGUCGACGUCGUCAGCGCGCUCCGCGACGAGUGCGUUGAAAAGUUCCGCCCGCAACCUCCCUGCGACCACGACAAGGAUGGGUCCUACGCGACGCACCUGACGUCGAUCGAGUCCUGGGACGAGCUGAGGAACUGCAACGCAGGGAAUGUGGUGAUCAGGGCGCACGGUAACUGGGUGGCGAGGCUCGCCUGCAUCGCUUUCCUCUCCCAGGGCAUCCAGCGAGGUGACUUUCUCUUCAGACGCAUUAUAGUCUGCCCUCCGCAGGUCUGCUGGAAAUGUGUCGAGAAGUUUCUGCUUUGCGUGUAUGUGUACUAG